AUAAUGGAACUCUCUUGAAAGGGUCUAUAGCAGUAGAGAAUGACGCAGAACAAAGAGCAACCUCUUAAGCAUGUAGUAAAAAAUAACUUUUCAGUCAGUUCCACUGAUUAUUUUAACAUUGUUUUGAUUUUGUGUUUUAGGAAGGAAUACUGGAUUAUGGAUCCUUCCACAGACUUGUACUACCGCUGGCUAACAAUAGUUGCUGUUCCAGCAUUUUACAAUUUGAUGUUGCUCAUCACAAGGGCUUGCUUUAAUGAACUACAACAACGCAAUACCUACCUUUGGAUUGCUCUUGACUACACAGCAGAUGCGAUCUACUACAUGGACACUUUUGUGAGAUCAAGGACAGGUUUCUUGGAACAAGGCCUGUUAGUGAAAGAUAUAGCAAAGCUAAAAGAACACUACAAAGGAACACCACAGUUCAAAUACGACAUGAUAUCAAUGCUCCCAACUGACGUACUUAUGAUUUACAUGGGCUAUGACAAUCCUGAGGUUCGUUUCAACCGUCUGUUCAAAAUGGCAAGGCUCUUUGAGUUUUUUGACCGGACUGAGACCAGAACCAACUAUCCUAACAUUUUCCGUAUCAGUAACCUUGUGUUGUACAUCUUGAUCAUCAUACACUGGAACGCCUGCAUUUUUUACGCCAUCUCCAAAAUCCUCGGCUUCGGCUCAGACACUUGGGUCUACCCCAACAUCAGCCACCCUGAGUAUGGCCGACUUGCCAGAAAGUACAUCUACUGUCUCUACUGGUCCACCCUCACCCUUACCACAAUUGGAGAGACGCCACCGCCUGUGAGGGAUAUCGAGUACCUCUUUGUUGUUGCUGACUUCCUGAUCGGUGUGCUGAUCUUCGCCACCAUUGUCGGUAAUGUCGGUGCCAUGAUUUCCAACAUGAAUGCUUCCCGCGCCGAGUUCCAGGCAAAGAUCGACUCCAUCAAGCAGUACAUGCAGUUCCGUAAAGUCACCAAAGACCUGGAGGCCCGGGUGGUCAAGUGGUUUGACUACCUCUGGACAGAGAAGAAGACCUGUGAUGAGAAGGAGGUGCUCAAGAACCUUCCUGACAAGCUGAAGGCCGAGAUCGCCAUUAACGUACACAUGGACACCCUCCGUAAAGUGCGCAUCUUCCAGGACUGUGAGGUUGGUCUGCUCAUCGAGUUGGUGCUAAAGCUUCAACCACAGGUGUUCAGCCCUGGUGACUACAUCUGUAAGAAAGGAGAUAUUGGACGUGAGAUGUACAUCAUCAAGGAGGGCAAGCUGGCUGUGGUGGCAGACGAUGGGGUGACACAGUUUGUUGUGUUGAGUGAUGGGGCCUACUUUGGCGAGAUCAGUAUCCUCGGUAUCAAGGGCAGUAAAGCUGGCAACAGGCGAACGGCCAACAUCCGAAGCGUGGGCUACUCCGACCUCUUUGCCCUCUCCAAGGAUGACCUCAUGGAGGCACUCCUGGAGUACCCCGAAACCAAGAAGGCCAUCGCGGAGAAGGGGACAGCCAUCCUGAUGAAGGACAACCUGAUCGACUUGGAGGCGGCCAAUGCAGCCGGAGACCCCAAAGACAUGGAGGAGAAGAUCGACCAACUGGAGAACAAUCUGGAGGUCAUGACCGCCAAGCUGAAGAAGCUGAUGGUCGACUGGUCCGCCGGUCAGUGCAGACUCAAGCAGAGGAUCACCAACAUGGAGGCCAGGUGCAAAAAUCUGAGGGAGGAGGAUCUCUCAGAAGUUGUAGCAGACAAGAAGGAAGAAAAGAAAUAGACUUGCACAGUAUUACAAUAAUGCCUAUAUACCAUACUAUACCAAAAAAGGAUCAUAAGGGCAUUUAUUUUUUCUUUUUGAGUUAUUCACCUAAUAUAGCAGGGCUACCUUCCAAAUGAACUGUAUGUAUAAAAAAUAUACUAUGUAUUGAUACUCAUAGUGGAAAGGCUGUGAAGAACAGAAUGUGUGUGGAUUUUUCCUCUUCUUUUUAAACCAAGGACUGCAUAUGAGUUUAAUACAGCACUGGCAUGCUGUUUGUGAAUCAUUCAGAUUCACCAUACUUUGUUUGAGAGUAAAAACAAAACACCUGAUCUUCAGUGAUGUACUUGAUGCUUCGCAUCAGCAACAUUUGAAGUUCACCUGUCAGAAUGUGGUCCAUAAUCUGUUGUUUAUACUCUUGUAAAUGUACAUUUUCAAUGAAUAAAAGCUGCUUUGACAGUUGAAAUACA